AAUGUUUUUUUUUUUUUUCGUUGAAAAAGUGUGCUUUUAAACGUAACAAAAUUCAAAAAUGAAAAAACACAAAAGUAAAAACAUUUUGUCAAGAUGCUUCGCUUUGUAGAAGUUAAUGGAAUGAAACUCAUGAACCUUGGACUUGGACCCCCGCUGAGGCACUGAGAUAAUUUCACUUACGCAUCCGAUAAGAAAUUUUAUUUUUGUUUCUUGUACUCGCUGCGAUAAAAGUAGUGGAGUUAUAAUCAGAGUUCGUGUGUUCGAGUUAUACUGCAAGUACCUACAUUCCAAAAAUGGAUUUCGAAUUUCCAAACACAUUUAUCGAAGGCUUUCAUAUCGAGGAGGAUGUGAAAAAGAUGCCAUAUGAAGAUUUCACUGACACCGGUUUGAAAAUUUCUAAGAUUAGUUUGGGUUGUGGCGCAUUUGGAGGAAUUCUUACUUAUGGAGAUUAUGACCAAAAAAACGCAACGGCCACUCUUACGAAUGCGAUACGAAGUGGCAUAAAUUUUAUUGACGGUGGUCCUCAUUAUGGGAAAGGUUUAGCAGAAACUUUUUUGGGAUCGGCACUCAAAGAAAUUCCACGAAAUGCUUAUUACAUAUCGACAAAAGUUGGACGUUGUGGAAAUCAGUUUGACUUCUCACCGAAGGGUGUUAAAAUGAGCUUCGAACAAAGUUUGAAACGUUUAAAUUUGGAUAAAGUGGAUAUUGUAUUUGUUCACGAUAUUGAAUUUGCAUCGUCUCAAGAUUUAAUUUUAAAUGAAACUUUACCUGCUGUGGAAUCGCUGGUGAAAGCUGGAAAAGUCAAAUUCAUAGGAAUAUCCGGGUAUCCGAUAUCAACCUUGUGGGAAGUCGUCGAAAAAAGUUCUGUUCAGAUCAAAUGUGUUCUGACGUAUUGCAGAGACACGCUAUUUGACUGUUCUUUACAAGAUUUUUUGCCUAAAUUUCAAUCUAAAAAUGUCGCUGUCAUUAACGCAGGUUGCAUAGGAAUGCGAUUACUGUCAAACUGUGGUCCGCCAGCCUGGCACCCGGCUUCUCAACAACUGAAAGAUAUUUGUCAUUCUGCAGCUGUACAUUGCAGAAAUAACGACGUUGAAUUGGGAAAAUUAGCGCUUCAUCAUUCUUUGAAGCAACCAGGCUCUUGCACUUGUCUUGUGGGUGUAAAUGACCCAGAAAUCCUACAAUCAAAUUUGAAUCUUCUUCGGUAUGGGUUAAAUGAAAAAGAAAACCUUGUGCUACAAUACAUCGAAGAAAAGUAUUUCUCGAAAAAUAUGCGCAGUCAUUGGGAAGGAAUUGAAAUAGAAUUGUUCAGAAAAGCUCAAGAGUGUGAGAGUGUGCGAACUGCGGAGUUUGGCGGAGUGAGCGUGCCCGUACCAUGACGUACAGCUUCGUACCGUAACGUAACGUAAUCAAUAACCAUCCGAACAUUGGAACAUUUUAGUUUUACUCCUCAAU